CUCCCCUUCUUUCGGUUUCAUCAUAUUUUGGAUCUCCCCUCGACUUUCUCACGACCCUCGUCUCCUCCUCCUCUCUCACCAACUUCACCCUUGAUCUCUUCGCUAUCCACCAUGCCUCCAUAUCCCUAGUACCCAUCUUUUUCAAACCAUUCAAAUUCUUUUCUCCGCAAUACAUUGAGCAAUUUUUCACAAUUUCGAUUUUUAUUGUAUACUUUGGAUUACGGGUUUUCUUUAUCUGUUCCUACGAUAUCGAAUACCAUCUGGGUUUUGUUCGAAUCGAUUCAUUAUUCUUGCAAGCUUUGUUUUUUGGGUUUGUGGGUUUUGUCUCAAAAACAUGGCAGCGAAGCUGGGAAUGCUCCAUUAUGUAUUGGACCAUGUGUAUGGUGCAUUCAUGCACAGAACCAAGAUAAGCCCUCAGUUUUUUUCAAGAGGGUGGGGUGGUAAACAGCUUGAAUUGCUGGAGAGGAUGAUUAACCAGCUAUUUCCAGAGGCUGCAGGGCAGAAUUGGCCGCCCAUUUUGGUCCGGCCCACUUGGAAGACUGUUUGGGAUAGCAAGAACGCUUGUCUUCGAGAAGGGGUGUUCAGAACUCCUUGUGAUGAGCAGCUUCUUAGUGCAUUGCCUCCUGAGAGUCACAACGCGAGAGUUGCUUUUCUUGUUCCGAAAUCGGUUCCCCCUCAGAAAAUGGCUUGUGUGGUUCAUCUUGCAGGGACUGGGGACCAUUCAUUUGAACGAAGGUUACGACUUGGGGGACCAUUAUUGAAGGAAAACAUUGCAACUAUGGUGCUUGAGAGCCCUUUCUAUGGACAAAGACGUCCUAUGAUGCAGCGUGGUGCAAAGCUAUUGUGUGUUAGUGACUUGCUUUUAUUAGGAAAGGCAACAAUUGAAGAAGCCCGCAGUCUCUUGCAUUGGUUAGACUCUGAGGAAGGGUUUGGGAAGAUGGGUGUUUGUGGACUUAGUAUGGGAGGAGUACAUGCUGCAAUGGUUGGAUCACUGCACCCUACACCUGUUGCAACUCUUCCUUUUCUAUCUCCACACUCUGCUACUGUGGCAUUCUGUGAGGGAAUAUUACAGCAUGCUACUGCAUGGGAGGCACUGAGAAAGGAUCUUGCAGUAAUGACUCUUGAGGAGGUCAGAGAACGAAUGCGCAGUGUUUUGUCUCUCACAGAUGUGACACGCUUUCCAAUUCCAAAAAAUCCCAAUGCUGUGAUAUUUGUCUCUGCUACUGAUGAUGGGUACAUCCCAAAACACUCUGUGCUAGAGCUUCAAAAAGCUUGGCCCGGUUCAGAAGUAAGAUGGGUCACUGGUGGACAUGUCUCAUCUUUCCUUCUCCACAAUGGCGAGUUCCGCAGGGCCAUUGUUGAUGGACUUGACAGAUUAGAAUGGAAGGAGUCUCCUUUGUGACAUUGGCAUCACAUGUGAAGAAGACCCUGUACUUGGUCUGAAAUGGUAAAUCUACACACUACUAAUUCUGACCAUACUUGUAAAAAUGGAUAUAGUUGAUGUCUGGAACACCUCCAAAUGGAAAAGAGGGGGUAUUUUAUGAAUCAUCUAUUGAUGUUCUCUCAUAAGAUGUAUUUCUUGUUGUACUCUAAUCUGCAAGUUUACAAUGAUGCUGGUAUGUAGAGAUAUUGGAUCAUUGUAAAUUUAUAAUGUACAUUUGAAAGCAAUUAACAUCCAAGUACUCAGAUUGGCCUCGUUUA